CCCCCGCCUUCCGGGGCGGAUCCCUCGCCUCUGCCCGCCCCGCGAUCCACCCCUGGACGCCCCCGCCCUCCUGGCAGACUAAGUUCAGUCAUUCACUCAACAAAAGCCGUCUCCGUGCGUAAGGGGCCAGAACGCCAAAGGGAUAAUACAGAUCCAGCCCUAUCUUCUCCGUGCUGAAGCCCAGGAGAGUAAAAUUAGGCUUUGAAAGAUUAGGUGGGCUUCAGAGUCGAGACCCGAGUUUUUUUCCGCUCCUCGCCCUACGCCUUGACCCACUGCCGGCCAGACUUCAGGCAGGUAAUGCCCCCCGGACCCGGGCCAGACGCCGAAGCAGCGGCUCCGUCCUCGAGCGCCCGCUACUGGCGGGGUUGGGAUUCGCGCGUCCGCUGCUAUCUGGACUGGGGUCUCUGCCCCUCCUGGAGGCGUUGGUCCGGUGACGUCACUGCCUCUUUAAGACCCCCCAGCUCCGCCCCCAUCCUCACACUCGGCCGGCUACUUCGAAUCUUUGUGGACUCCUUCACAGUGCAGUUCCUCAACCUCCACCUCACCAUGGCCCUUGCUGGUCUGCAAAUCCUGGGGAUCGUCCUGUCACUGCUUGGCUGGGUGAAUGCCCUGGUGUCCUGUGCCCUGCCCCUGUGGAAAGUGACUGCCUUCAUCGGUAACAGCAUCGUGGUAGCCCAGGUGGUGUGGGAGGGGCCGUGGAUGUCCUGCGUGGUGCAGAGCACAGGCCAGAUGCAGUGCAAGGUGUUUGACUCGCUACUGGCACUGCCCCAGGACCUGCAGGCUGCCCGAGCCCUCAGCGUCAUCACUCUCCUUGUGGCCCUGCUCGGCUUUCUGAUCUACCUUGCCGGAGCCAAGUGCACCACCUGCGUGAUGGACAAGGACUCUAAGGCCCGACUGGUGCUCACCUCAGGGAUCAUCUUUGUCAUCUCUGGGAUCCUGACCCUGAUACCCGUGUGCUGGACGGCCAACACCAUCAUUCGAGACUUCUACAACCCCCUGGUGGCUGAGGCCCAAAAGUGGGAGCUGGGAGCCUCCCUCUAUGUGGGCUGGGCUGCCUCUGGCCUUUUGUUGCUGGGUGGGGGGCUACUGUGCUGCACCUGCCCCUCCUGGGGGUCCCGGAGCUCCAGACAUUAUAUGGCCCGAUACUCAGCAUCAGCCCCACAUACCACCUCCCGGGGUCCCUCUGAGUACCCCACUAAGAAUUACGUCUAAUUUGGGUAGAGGAGUAUGGGCUCCAUUGACAGUGGAGCCUAACCUCUGAGAUGGAACCCUGGAGGUGGUGAUCCAUGACAGCUUUGGGGUUGUUUUUGCUUUUUAUUUUGGGAGAAGGCAGGGGUCGUUAAUCCAUUUGGUAACCCAUCUGGGCUCUACUACUGGUGUUCCUCACCUUUGAGUGAUGGAGCCAAAGAGGUGAUGCUUCAAAGUUUCUGGCUUUCUCCACCCUGGACAUCCCUAUCUCAGACCAACCAUUGACCUGUGGGCCCUGUGUGAAGGCUGCUUGCUCUCCAGAUGCUUUCAUCCUGUCCCCAAGAGUUCCCACUGUUUUGGGGGGCAGGGCCUCCCUAGGCUUGCAGGGACAAGCCUUCCCGUGAUGGUGAGGCCUCUGGAACCCCCAGGGGCUCUUGAGCCUCACGUAGCCUCUAGAAGAGCAGGCAACAAGUUACCAAAGAACCAACCACCCACCUCCAAGUCUUCUGAUCUCUGGAUCCUCCAUCCUGAGUUGUUAUGUCCGUGCUGUGUGACCCCUGACCCUUUUAUCUCCAGCCCCUGUACACUUCUGCCAUACCCUGCCCACACUCACCAGUUUUCUACUGAAUAAAGCA